AUGAGAAAGAACUUUUUCCUUCUUUCAACUUGGUUGGCGUUUCUCGUUGUGAAGAACGAGUGCGGGUGGCUCAACUGGGCACCGCAGAACCCGGGGGGCGCGCACGUCAGCGAGUUUGAGGCCUACUAUCAAGGGCUGGACAUGUCUCACUUGGCAUUGGACCAAGACGACCGCAUUUAUGGACCGCGCCACUUUCAGGACCCGGAGUUGACUCACUUGCCAUUGCAAGAAGUUGUUUUAGGAGCGGCCGAACAUCGGAAGCCGAAGAUGUCCCUUGAUUUUUCGGCCAGGUAUCCCCACUUAAUGCGGGAAGAAAAUCCGGCUGGUACCUCGCACAAAGGGGCUAUCGCGGGCCCCUCUGAUGAAGAAGGUUGGACAAAUUUCUACAACCCGGCUGGUACCUCGCACAACGGGGCUAUCGCGGGCCCCUCUGAUGAAGAAGGUUGGACAAAUUUCUACAACCCGGCUGGUACCUCGCACAACGGGGCUAUCGCGGGCCCCUCUGAUGAAAAAGGUUGGACGAAUUUCGAAAACCCGGCUGGUACCUCGCACAACGGGGCUAUCGCGGGCCCCUCUCAUGAAGAAGGUUGGACGAAUUUCCACAACCCGGCUGUUACCUCCCACAACCGCGAUCUCGCAAGCCUCAAUAAGUCAUUCUGGAUGAUCACCGAGUCUGGUGAUAUCCGUAGGCUUGAUGGCCUCCAUCCUGAUGAACUCCGGAUAUCCAGGGUCGGGUCCAACCGAUUGUCGACGGCGCAGAAGGAAUCCCCACCUGUUGACCUUAGUUUGAGCUACAAUGGUGACUGGAAAGCUUCCGGGGGGGAGAGAUAUAUAACAAUGGUGAAUCAAUCGGCCGAUUCAGUCACCUAUAUCCUCCAAAUUACCCUCGACAGAAGGUCCCAGUUAUCUUUGCCAAGAACGCUGGGCCCCCGGAAGGGUGAAAAUAUUAGGGCGAACGUUUUCCACCGACUGAAGGUGGGAAACAGUCGGUUAUUAAAAUUACGUGCUUGGUCAGGCGCGCAACACGGACUGAUGGACCAAGAACAUAGAUACGUGUAUGGCGGAACAAUCGACUACUUCGACGUCUCCAGCUAA